CUCGAUUUGAACCUUAUCGCGCGUGUUCUCUUUCACAGGAAUUCACGUUGCCACACGCGAGUAACAAGUGUCUGUUAAAAAUAACACAAGCAAAAUGACCCCUCAGUGCACUACCGCCACGUAUUACAACACAAAAGAACCCCUAAUUUCGCAACUGGGUGCCAAUAACGUUAGUGUGGUGAACAGCAAACAAAAAAAUAAGAAAUUAGUCAAAGACAAAGGAAAAAACAUUAAGUGUGUGAUAGUAGGUGAUAGAUGUGUGGGAAAAACAGCCCUGGCUGUUUCUUACAGCAACGACACAUUUCCCAGAAAAUAUAUACCAACAGUUUACGAUAAAUAUAACGUUGAAGUGCAGGUGAAUGGCGAACCAAUCAAAGUUGAGAUUUGUGACACAGCUGGAGAGGACGCCAGAUUUCCUUUAACAAAACUUUGUUACCCAGACACCGACGUCUUUCUCCUUUGCUUCUCCGUGGUGCAACCGGAAUCCUUCUACUCUGCCUGCACGAGAUGGCACGACGAACUGACGCGACUGGGAACCGCCGUCGUCCUGGUUGGAACUCAAGCCGACCAAGCGCAGGACUUCGAGGUCCUUCAACAUCUGCAGAGACACCGACAAAGGCCCGUCAUGACCGUGGAGGCACAAAUUUUGGCUGAAAAACUGAACGCUCCCUACGUCGAAACGUCAGCGAAAACUUGUGCGCAGCUAAAAGAGGCCUUCGAUCUUGCCAUCACUUUGGCCAUGAGCAAACAGAAGAAACGGAAGUUUUGGAGGAGGCUUUGCUGCGUGUGAUCUACUUUAUUUUGUUUAUUUAUUGUUCUAGGUUUAAUAGACUUUUAAGUCAAGUAUUGCAAUCCAGUAAUAAAGUGUUAAAAAU